UUGACUGUGGAGGGCAGCUUUAGAUUACAGUCUGACAAAAAUUAACAAAGGAACAAUCGAGGAAUCAUUGAACAGAAACCUUUGACUUAAAAACAACUGUCAGCAACAAGGUUUAUGUAUUUCAUUCAAUGGAUUUUAAUUGUCAAUAUGUGGAUAUUAUAGAAAACAGAUCGACACUAACAUGCCUUUGCUCGUAACCGACUACUCGUGGACACAAACAGAAACAAUGGUACACAUUAAUGUGCCUCUAAAAGGAGCCACAGUUGGGAAGGUGGACAUCAUCUCCUCAGACGAGUACCUGAAGGUGCACUACCCUCCAUUCCUGUUUGAAGUAUUCCUGUUUGAACCCAUAGACAAUGACAGAAGCACAGCGAAGGUGGGAAAUGGAGUCGCGAUCUUUAGCUUGCCAAAGAGAACCAAUCAAAUGUGGAAGCAACUGAUGAUGACAUCAUGUGAUAAAGAAACAAAGAAGCAGAUCAGACAGCAAGCACUACUGAAACAUCAGGAAGGGCUUUUGUCAGAGUCUCAAUCCAAGGCAGAGAAAAAGAGAGCCGAGGACACCUAUUUAAUUGAGACAAUGAUGAAGCUGGAAAGGGAGGAAGCAAAAAAGAUCAGGAAGAUGAAGGAUGUUGAGUGCGAGAGGACCACAGCAGAACUGGAGGCGUGGCAGCCGAGCUGCAACAAAACAGAAGAGGAUGAAAACAAAGCGAAAAACAACAUGAAGUCAUCAGGAAGUAGAAAUGUAGAACUCAAUCAAAGAGGAAGCACAGCGGCCAAGUGCAAGAAACAACAGGUGCAUCCUCCUGCUCUGAGACGCCCGGGCAAUAUUCAAGUCACAUUUACUCCACGAGUUUUCUCAACACCACUCAGGGAAUCCAAAGUGCAGGAGGAGGAAGAGUGGCUAAGAAAACAAGCUGAAGCCCGACGCAUACUCACAGCAGAUGCUGAAGAGCUGAAGGAGCUGAAAGAGGAAGAGAGGAACCCCGACUGGCUGAAGGACAAAGGAGACAAAUGUUUUAUGAAGGGGGAUUAUUUGAGUGCGUUGAAUGCUUACAGCUUGGCCAUUAGGCUCAACAGAAAGAUGUCUGCUGUGUUCUCAAACAGAGCGGCAUGCCAUCUGAAGUUAGGGUACCUGGACAAGGCCAUCGAGGAUUCCUCUCAGGCCCUCGACCUGUUGACUCCUCAUGUGGCUGCCAACGCAGAGGCCAGAGCCAGAGCUCACGUCCGCAGAGGAGCGGCGUUCUGUGAGCUGCAGCUCUACGUCGAAGGGCUGUGGGACUAUGAAGCUGCUCUAAAGAUUUACCCUGACGAUGAGUCUCUGCACUCAGAUGCACAGAAGAUACGAGGCAUCAUUCAAGGAGCAGCAGCAGCGGCACCUGACCAUCAGUGAGAAACAGAGACUCCCAGAGAUGCUGACUUUCCUUUGAAGUGGCGAUUUUGACGCAUUUAUCCAAUCACCAUCAAGCUCACUGCAGUGGAAAAAAAGCUAUUCUGUGCUGUGCCAUAGAGAUCAACUGAAGCUAAACUUCCACUGUGCUGCUGUGGGAAUGCAUGAGAAGAAAAUUGUCAGACAUUUUUAGUUCUGAAUACAACAGUAUGUAUAUUUGACCAUUUAUUUUAUGACGGAGGAAACAGAGCUUCCUUUUCUGUGAUAGAGCAAUUGUCUCUGGUCUGAAGUGACUGUGACUGUUCAUUAAUCAUUCACACAACUAAACCGCAAUACUGCUAUGCUAUGCUAUGCUAUGCUACUUGGUUUUCUCUGUGUGAUGAACAGAAAAAGGACACAACAAAUUUUUAUAUUUACACAUUUUUAAUUCGAUGAGGUAAGACUUAAUUAAUCCCACACUAGAAAAAGUACAGACUAUAAAUUAAAAAUUCUAAAUAAAUAAACAAGUAAACAAACUUUUAACUGUAGAGGUAAUCAAAAAAACAAAACAAUUUCUUUAUUUACUCCACCGUACAGUAUAGAUGGUGAGACAUGGGCGUGUUCCAACCAUCCAGGGCCAAUUCUUUAACAUGGAAAUAAACAAAAGAGGGAAAAAAUCAUUCCAAAGAAGCGACCACAGCAGCUUUUAAAAGAAAAACAGAAAUCAUUUAUUUUACUGUGCUGUUUUCUCAUUUAUCAUGAUUUGCACACUGUAGCUCUGUAGUGUUGGUGUUUUCAAUGCUGCAGUCAUGUCAGCAACUACUCUGUAAAUGGUUCCCUGAUUUGAAGAGGAUUGAUUAUCCUCAGAUUAGCACACCACUGCAUUUUCUAAAAUGCAGUUUUGCACUGGAGGUGGUGGACCAGCGAUUCACAUCAGUGACAGGAGUAUGACAGAAUAAGGGAUUGGGUUAGGGUUUAGCUGUGUGGGGGCAGGACAGAAAUCAUGUUAAGUGACAAGAAAACCCACUCAGAAGACACCUCUUGAAUUCUAAACAAGCUGGAAUGUUGAUGUAAAUUAGCCUAAAGCUGCAUUUUUAAAACCAGACCCAGCAGCUGUCACUUUAAUAACAGCGUGGGCAGCAUGUGUUUCCCCAAACGUUACACAAUUAAAUUAGGUAACACAUUUAAUUGAUUGCACUUCAAAGUGUUUUAUCUUUAUAUGCAACAUGCAAACCUACACUUGAUGAAGAAAUGAUGAAGAACUUUUUCUGCACCAGCCUGCCUUUGACUAUGGAGAUUCUCCUUGAUUUGGCUGGCUUGAACUUCAUUCUAGCCCCUUUGAUGUUUUCUUUAAGCUUCUCCAGCAGACAUCUGGUGCGUGGUGCUGUUGUUGUUAUAGCUGUCAUGUCAUCCAUGUAGGCCAUCCAUGGGUGGCAGGUAGACUCCUGAAGUCAGCCUCUCACUGCCGACCACCCACUUGGAUGCCCUUAUGAUGACUUCCAUUGCCAUGGUGAAUGCUAAUGGUGAGAUGGUACAACCUGCCAUUAUGCCAAUCUCCAUGUAAUAAGAAACAGUAGUGAAGUCUGGCAGAGUGAAAUAUGAUCUUGAAAUGAUCUUGUAAAUAGGAUUUGACGAGGCUCGGAUGGAUUUUGGUGUCCUGAAGUCAAGGGAUGUCCGUAUGAAACUGUGAGGGAUAGAUCCGAAUGCUUUUGCAAGGUCCAGGAACACAACAUGGAG